UGUACAUCACCUUGGCGCCAACUACGAAGACCCCAGCACCCACCAGUACAAAACAAGGGCGGAAAAAGUCAGCCACCUCACAAACCGUGCAGUGGUUGUCUUUUUCUUGAGAUCUAAACCCCAUCUCUAUUUGUGUAAUUGAAUAAGACGUCCUGACGAAAAGAAAAUGGAAAGUUUAGAGGAAAACGUACCACCGCCAAAAAAGCUGAAACAAGCAAAGCUUUCUUUUUUCAAGGUUUCUACUGCUUCUGAUGGGAAAUUGCCGGCUCCAACUGUUGGCCAAGGGAAAAAGCGAAAAAUUCCCAGUGUGGGGGACUCACCAAACAAAGCUGCUAAACUGAGUAAACCUCUUGUGUCAGCUGUUAUCAAUGCCGAAUCUCCAAACGCUAAAGUUUCUAAAGUAACAUCGAAGAGUGUGCAGUCCAAAAAGAUUGAAGAAAAUGAUCAUGAAGUUAGUUCCAGCUCUGAGGCUGAUGCUUCGAGUGGAAAAAGCAAUGGCAAGUGUUGUUUGAUGGAAAGAUUUGUUCUCAAGCUGCCCCAAGAUGUUCAGCAUGAGAUCUCGUCUACCAACGAAGUAUUGGAUAUUUCAGCUGAUUUGACCGGUGAAAGUAGUAAAAUAAGUCUAGAUGAAAAGGACGGUGAUAAAGAACCAAAUGAGGCUGACUGUAUAUUAGUGGAAGACGAUGACUGUGAAAGUGAGAAUGAUGACAGCCCAAAGCAGAUGGAUGGACAGGACAAUGUAAAUAAAGAAGCGGAAAAGGUGGGCAAGGCUAAUAGUAAAUGUGAUGAAAGUGAUGACAAGAAAAUUUUAUCUGAGUCAGAUGUGAAGAGUGAAGGAAGUAGCACAACAGAUUUGGCAGGCCCAGUUGCAGGCACAGAAAGUGAGAGUGAUAAUAAGGCUGUGCAUGAUGAUACAGUUCUACCUCAUGAUUCUUGUACUCCUCGCAAAGAUCUCAUUGAAGGGGCUGCUGAGGGGAGUGUUUUAUCUCCCAAAACGUCAACCCCAAUGAAAGACGCCGCUAGUGUGGCAUCUUCUCACAAGGAGCUUGAUUCUCCUCAAAGUCAGGAUGACUCUGCCCCAGGUUCUGCUGGAGGGACUCCUCUCUCAGCGAGUAUGAAGAAGCGGGGCCGCAAGAUUGAUUUGGAAAAGAAGGCAGAGAGAGAAGCAUUGAAACAAAAAGUAAAGGAGGAGAAAGAAAAAGCAAGAGAAGAACGGAAAAAAAAACUAGACGAAGAGAAGGCAAAAAAAGAACUUGAACGGAAGGAGAAAAAGGAAGCAAAGGAUAAGGAAAAACAAGAGCAAAAGGAAAAGUUAGAGAAGGAGCGACUAGAAAAGCUGAAAGUCAAAGAAGAUGAAAAAAAGCAGAAGGAAGAGGAACGAUUGAAGAAAGAGGAGGAGAAAAAGAAAAUCAUAGAGGCCAAGCAAGAAGAAAAGCGCAAGAAGGAGGAGGAAAAGCGAUUAAAAGAGGAAGAGAAGUUGCGAGAGGAGGAGGAAAAGAAAAAGCAAGCUGAGAAGAGAAAGCAAGCCUUUCAAAGUUUCUUCAUCAAGCCUAAAGAAUCAGAACCUAAACCUGCGGUUUCCAAGUCAAAUGAAAGUAUGUUCAUUCCAUUUGAAGUUAAAAAGGACAUGCACCUUGCACCUGCAGUGAGAAAUUCCCUCUCAAAUGAGAAAAGAAAUAAAUUGGACCAACAGUUACAAACUGAACAGCCGUCGUCAGUGAAUUAUCUCACCCAGCUGAAGGAGGGAGAUAUCAAUCCUCACAAGACAGGCAGAGUUGUAAGGAAAAAUCCAGAACCAGCGGAAGAUGUUGAAAUUGUGCACGACUCUGAGGCCUUGAAGAAGGUGUUCCACAAAGUGAAGAUUUUGAAGUUUCACACAGACUACAGGCCACCAUAUCGUGGGACCUGGAGGAAGCGCCCCUCUCUCAGUCCGAGAAAUCCGUGGAAGAAGGAUGAGGCCACAUUUGAUUAUGAGGUGGACAGUGAUGAGGAGUGGGAGGAGGAAGAGCCUGGGGAAAGCCUGUCCUGCUCUGAUGGUGAAGAAGAGAAAGGGGAGGAAGCAGAAGAUGAGGAUGAUGAUGGCGAUGGCUGGAUGGUCCCUCAUGGAUAUCUGUCUGAAGACGAAGGAUGCAAUGAGGAUGAUGAGAUCACCCCAGAGAAGCUCAAACUUCAGCAACAGGCCAAGGCCAAAGCAUGGGAAGAGGAACAGAAACGCAAGCUGCAGGCCCUUCCACUCAUCGCCGUCGGCUGCUUCUUUGAGCACUCGCCCAGCCCUUCCAUGAGUGGUGAUGUGAGGCUGCUGUAUGAGUUCAGGGGAGUUAUCCUGGCUCCGGUAGUGCCAAUACCGACCAACCAGAACACUAGUGCAGAGAGUGAAGAGCCCUGUUUGGAGCAAGAGGGAUCGACCCCAGCUUCUAAAGGUAGAGAGAAGAUGGCUGUGCCAGACGAUGCUAUGCCAGAUCUGAUUCACUUGUUGCAUGGGAACACUUGCGGGAUCAAGCGACUUGUGCGAGAGUUUCGUGUAUUCUGGAUGAAGAAAAAUAACCAACAGUCUGCCGACACUGAUGAAACAAUGAAUGAGUCUGCAACUGAAAAUGCAGAUGUGUCUGUCCUGAGCGACUCUGUUGCCGAUGUGUGUGCAGAUAAUGAAGAUAAAGAAAUGUCUGAUAAACCUGGGGACAAAGAGGGUGUGUCACAGCCAAAGAGGGAGGAAGGAUAUGGCUGCAGUAUUUCCAAGAGGCAACUGGAGAUAAAAAUUAUGAGCAUUGCUGUGAGGGAGAAGCGGCCAGGGAGCAAGAUCUGCUGGUAUGUUAAUGAUGAUGUGCUGGCGCAAUAUGCCAUGACAGAUAUAACGUUGCCAAAUAUGUGGGUCUUUUUGACCACUGGUCCAACCAAAUCAUCCCCCACACCAAAUCUGAAUAAAAGUUUAAAUACCUCAAAGAGUGAUGCACCUGAAGUUUGUGAGGAGGAGAAAAACAAAACUCCAUUCAAACCUUCUAAUGAUCAAAAGUCAAUAAUGGCUUUUACUAUGUCCAAAGAAGAGCUGGAGAAACGUGCUAGCAUGAAGCAAAAACAGGUUGGAUCUGACAGUGGUUGUGAGAGUAAGGCAGCAUCUCCUGUGCGCCCAUGUAGUGUGGUUCUGAAACAACUUGACUCUGGUGUGACUAGUCAAGCUGCAGACAAUAAGAGGCCCUCUGUGGCAAACGACGCUUCUGUUCACAGCCUGAAUGGUUUGCCUCAAUCUCAGGGACCCUCGGCGGAAAAGAAGCCGAAAAUGUCCAUUAUGGAAAUGUUUCUGAAGAAACCAUCCUCAAGCAAGAAAAAGCUGGAGAAGUCUUUUCCUGACGCACAGCAAAUAGGUGAGAACAAGGCUGACUCUGAUGUUGAAAUCAUCGAGGAAUGUGCCGCGAAAGUCAUGUCCGAAGCCACUGUGCCAAGUGGUAGAGAGUCUGCUGUGCAGGGCCCAACAGAGCAGGAACCAGGUGCUGGGAGUAGUCAGCAGGAACCUGGGGCUGGGAGUGGUCAGAAGGAUCCAGGUCGUGCAGAUGAUAAAGCCACGACUGCCGCCGUAAAGUCUGUGAAAGAGGAAGAGUUGAUGGAGGUAGAUUCCCCUGAUGUUGUUCCACAGUCUGAUCGUAAGGACAACUUGGAGCAGCAGGCCAUGGAGGUGGUUUCUUGCACCCCUGUUUCUCAAGGGGAGCUUGUGGCAUCGGUUGCUCAAGCUGGGGAUGUUACGAGCAAGAAUGCUGUACAGUCUGCUGAUGUUAUAGUGUUGGAUUAGGGCAGGAGGGGGGUGUUUAUUAGGUUGUCUCAGGCCUAUACUGUAAUAAUUUUGGUAAUUUGUUUUUGUAGAUUGUGAUGUAAAUACUUUUGACAAGCUUAUAUACGUUAAAAAGAAAAUAGGGGAUACGGGAUUUGUGGUGUUAGAGAAUAAUUUAUUGUUAUGAUUUCGUUUCGAAAUCAUGUAUGGACUUCCAAGCAUUUCUUGUUCUAACUGUCUAGAUUUGUAGGCAUAGAAAGUAUUAUCAAUGUAUAUGUAUGAAGCCCUGCAACAUUUGAUCGCUGAAUGGAAGUGGGUAAUUAUGGGAAAACUCAAUAACCAUAUUAUUCCCUGGCCUCAUGUUUUUAUUGCAGGAUUUUUUAUUUGUAACUCGUGUUUUGGCAGGUCGGCCCAUGCUUCAAUAGUGUCCGCUUAACAGCAACUCUCUUGGGAGUCAGAAACUUUGGUUGCUCUUUAGGAAGGUUGCUGCUGACUGAAUUUACCAAAGGGGGGUAAUCUGCACUGACACACAUGCACAUACAUACGCGCACACACAUGCUUACACAGCAGUCCUAAUUCCAAGAUGUGGGGGUGUUGUUAGUUGGAAAGUGAGAACAUAGGUAGUGACAGACGUUCCCCCAGAGCCUGUCCUUUUCAGUGAAUCUGACAGGGCGGUAAUGUCACGCCAAGUAGCCAAAACUUUCCUCCUACAUUGGAGACUCUUGAACGGAGAUACCUCUUGGUGGGAGAAACUGAACUGUACUCCAGUUGUGUAGUGUUUGGCCCAAGUAAGUGUUGGGAGAAGAUUGGCUACAGAAGAGAUGCACACUCGCUGAAGAAUUGUCAAAAAAUACACUGCUUUUUCAUUUAGACAGUUUAUAGUUAUAGCAACAAUGGUUACUGUUUAAAGGGGCUAUUUAUAUAUAUAUAUAGGAACAUUCCAUUACACAAGCUUAGGUUGCUGUUAGGCGGUUGCUCUUAUUUGGAUAGUUGUUAACACACCCGCCAAGUACUCCAAUAAAAUCGGAGCUCUCCAAUUUUUUUUUAGCCCGUUGAAGAACCCCGAUAGGAAUUACAUAAAAUCUGACUUUAUUUCUUGAACUCUUUCUGUCAGGGCAUAUGCAACUGACAGUAAAUGACAUGAAAAUACACACUUACCGUUGCUUGUAUUUCCAACACACAUUUAUUUGUCAUGGUUGUUUUUUUUUAUGUAAUCAUUAAUUUACUGGGGUUCUGGAGACUACUGACUUUUCCCCCCCAGCUCGUAUUUUUUUGAAGGAUUCUAAAAAAAAAAAAGAUGUUUUUGGCGAUGGAGUGGUUGGCAGGUCUGUGUUAAGUGGACACCAUUGCAUUUCUCUGUUUUGACAAAUAGUUUGUGAUAUUAGGAUCAGCUAUCAUUUUUGACGAUGAGUUGUUGUGUCUUCGGUAAAAUGUUCACUUGUCAUAUAUUCAUCGUUUCAUAAUGAGACCUGUUUUCUAGAGCCAGUGAUAAUGAUGAUGUUGGAUAGAAUAAUACAUUGAGGUGAUCGGAUCAUCUGUAGAUGGUUGCAACCAUGUCUUGUUGAAAAUUUCUGAAAUAAGGAAGGUUUCCAGCUAUCACCAUCAUUCAUUAAUGGCUGUUGUCCCCUUUUGUGUGCAGGGGUCAUUUUUUAUUUUCUUACGGCCCUCUGUUAGUUUAGGAUAUAGUAUUGUUUUUAAAAAUUCCUGAAUGGAAAAGGUUUUCCUUACUGUAGACUUUAUCCUCGUGUGCAGCCUUUGACUCCUUCGGGCUGUGCCACUGUUACAUCACUUUUUGUAAUUGUGCUUCCGGUUCCCCUUUCCUAUUUACUUAAAGUGGCUGUAUUGUACAGACUUCAACUAAAGUUAAGGACCCCCUUGACAGACAGUCUCCCCCCCCCCCCCAAACGACAGCAAGGAUUGUUUCAAAAUUUUUGCUCUGAAAGUGUUAAUGGGUUACCAACGCCUACUGCAAAGCCUCCUAAAGGACCAAAACCACCAGGUGCAACACAGAAAUCCUCUGGGAAUUUUAGCCAAAUUUGCUUUUUUUUUAAUCGACUUGUGUGCGACACCACGGACAUUCCUCGGUUAAAAUUUCGGGUGUACGUCAUAAACGGACGUACGGUCUCGAACUAUGCUCACUUUGGUGGCAAUAUAAGCCGCCAUUUGCACAAAGUCCAGUAUCACAUCAACAUGAUACCACCAAGACGAAAGCUGAGAGACUUUGAUUGUGCCAGAGCUAUGGCAUGGCUGCAGGAUGGAGUUGGAGCCCGA